AUGGCUUUCAGGCGCCCGUUGACACUGUCCGCAGUGUCGGCUUCGCCGCUGUCCUCUGCAGCAGCUGUAGCUCGGUCUCGCACCCCUGCUGCGCUGCCCCAGUUCAACGCCAUUCGGGCCUCGUCCAGCUCGACCUCCGCGCUGGCCUACAAGGCCUUGCACCGCCGCUCUCCACUUCCUCUGCCGGUCAAUGAGUCUUCACCCCAGUGGGAUGCCCCUACUGCUGUCUCAUCUAUUCUCUAUGAGACUCCGCGCCAUGUCCUGAACUGCCUGGUCCAGAACGAACCUGGUGUGCUCUCCCGUGUUUCGGGAAUUCUGGCUGCCCGCGGCUUCAACAUUGACAGUCUGGUUGUUUGCAACACUGAGGUUGAGGAUCUCUCCCGUAUGACCAUUGUGCUGCAGGGCCAGAAUGGUGUCGUGGAGCAGGCUCGCCGCCAGCUGGACGAUCUCGUCCCUGUCUGGGCUGUGCUGGAUUACACCGAUUCCGCUUUGGUCCAGCGUGAGCUGCUGCUUGCCAAGAUUUCUAUCCUGGGUCCAGAGUUCUUCGAGGAGCUUCUCCAGCACCACCGGGAGAUCACCACCGCGGAGAACCAGGGCAAGGAGCAGGAUCAGGCUCCCGAGCCCGUGGAGUACCACCCCCGAAAUUUGCCUACCAGCCAAGCUCUGCGUCAAAAGCACGAGCAUCUGGAUGCUAUCACCCGCCUGACUCACCAAUUCGGCGGCAAGGUUUUGGACAUUAGCACCAAUAACUGUAUUGUCGAACCCAGCCGUAUCGACUCUUUCCUGAAGCUGGUCGGACCCUUCGGUAUUCUUGAGUCCGCUCGCACUGGUCUCAUGGCCCUUCCCCGUUCCCCUCUGUCCGAGCAGAGCGAAGACAUCGAGAAGGACGCUGCCGACGUCGUCGACGCUAGCACUCUUCCUCCCGGCUAA